GCAUGCUCAGUCCCCCACAGAUGAUCCAUACCGCGCCGCUCCGCUUUGCUGGAGACCUGAGGAGGGCUAGCUGUGUGAACAGCGCAGAUGAGCAUGAGACGGGAGCAGCGGGGACAGCGACUGGCGCUGGUCGGGAUUUUCUGCCUUUAUCGCUGAAAGACAGGAAGGAAUGCCCGUUGAUCGAUGAGACGAGAGCCAUAGGCCGCGUUCUUUCAGAAUAAUAGAGGUAUUCGUCAAUGCAAAGAAAACAUCAAAGCGAGAUAACACACCACGAUGCACCCUGGACUGAGCCAGCAAACUAGUGGAAUGACUGUGCCCCAGUCUGCUGGUUUCUACGAGAGAAAGAAACGCAACUCCAUCAUGGUGACUGUCUCCCUGCUCGUCAUCUCCGUGCUCAUUCUGAUCAUAGGUGUAGCUGCUACCACCAGAACUCAGAACAUCACUGUGGGAGGCUACUAUCCAGGAGUCAUUCUUGGCUUCGGAUCUUUUAUUGGAAUAAUCGGAUCCCACUUGAUAGAAAACAAAAGGCAGAUGCUGGUAGCCUCCAUCGUGUUCAUCAGCUUUGGGGUGGUGGCCUCUUUCUGUUGUGCAAUUGUAGAUGGGGUAUUUGCUGCGAGGCAUAUUGAUCUAAGACCCCUGUAUGCAGGACGAUGCCAUUACUACUCCUCUGUCGAAGAAAAAGACGUGCCUUGUCAAAUGUCGUCACGAGUCUCCUGCAGCCUCAAAGUCAAAUCCAACACGUGCUACUGCUGUGACCUCUACAUCUGUGGCAAGUCUCGCAAUGAACCGGGUGCAGGAUACCACGAGUAUGUGGACGUUCAGAGCUGCCAGGACGUGGUCCAUCUUUACCACUUACUGUGGUUUGCGACGAUACUGAAUAUCGUGGCUCUGUUUCUCGGGAUCGUCACAGCUGCGGUGCUUGGAGGAUUUAAAGAUAUGGGCCCACCUCUCGCCUCCUAUGAGCCAGAGACACUGCCCAUCCCGGUGCCCUAUGAACCCCAACAGCAGGUGAUCCCCUACAGCAGCUACAGCACCCCACACCUACCCCCAUAUACUGCCUACGACCUGCAGAAUUCCAUCACCUUCCCAAUGGCCACUCCGUUGGACGAUUCCCAGUCGGGCUCCAGCUACGUGUGGGCGUCCUACGCCCCUCCGCGUUACUCCCCGCCCUACUUCUCUCCAGAUGAGAAGCCGCCCCCCUACAGCCCCUGAGGACAGGCUCCAGACCUCCUCGCGCAUUGCUGGAGACACUGGCAGGAACUUUAACGUGACCGGGGAAAGGUUCUGCCAUCAUCAUCCCUGCAAA